AAAAAAAAAUGCGUUAUCUUGUAAUACGAUAAAUGUAGGCUCUCGUGCCCAUGAUAAUGGCACAGGUUGUAUCUUAUUGCAGUGAGAGGACUCGCUUUGCUAUCUGAAGCAGUUAGCAUUAGCUACAGGCUAACCAGGUCAUUGUGUGUCACGUUCUGAAAUUAUGGAUUUUUAAUUUAAGAAGUCACACGAGAAUGUCUGACUCUGAUAGCGACGAAGACAUCUCUCGUCCUUUCUCUAUAACUGGGUUUCUCUUUGGAAAUAUAAAUGAAGAUGGUCAGCUGGAGGAUGACAGUGUUCUUGACAAUGAGUCCAAAAAACAUCUGGCUGGUUUGGGCACACUUGGCCUUGGCUCGCUCAUUACAGAGAUCACUGCAAAUGAGGAGGACGAGCAAGAGGAAAGCAGAGACUCUGGAGGGGCAACGGCAGAGGGUUGGGUGAAAAGCACUGACGAUGCAGUUGACUAUUCUGAUAUCAGUGAGGUUGCUGAAGAUGAGACAAAGAAGUACCGUCAGGCCAUGGGAACUCUGCAACCCAUUAGGAAAGCGGAUGAUGAGGAUGACUAUGAUGCUGACUGUGAGGAUAUUGACUCAAAACUCAUGCCGCCUCCACCACCUCCGAGUCUUCCUACAUCUGCUAAGAAAGAUGAACCUUCUUCUCAGAGCACAACCAUUGGGGAAGAGGGUGAUGGGAUUAUCCUACCCUCCAUUAUUGCGCCAUCUUCAGCAGGUGACAAGGUUGAUUUCAGCAGUUCCUCGGACUCCGAGUCAGAGACCGAUCGUCCCUGUCAGGGUUCUGGGGCUCCUGGCACUCCAGAUAGGCUCAACCUCCCUCUUGCUGGCAUCAUGCAAAAAGAUGCUGCCAAAGCCCUUCCAAGUGUUACAGAGCUUUUCCCACAGUUUAGGCCUGGAAAGGUUCUUCGGUUCUUAAGACUGUUUGGUCCUGAAAAGAACAUGCCAUCAGUCUGGAGGAGUGCUCGCAGAAAGAAGAAACGGAAGCACCGUGAUCUUCAGUCUGGGACGCCUCCUCCAGAAGGAGAACUCACAGAACAAGCUCAAGAGAAGUCUGGAUGGAUUUACGAGUAUGCACUGCCUCCACCCCCAGAGCAGUGUCUCUCUGAUGAUGAGAUAACCAUGAUGGCUCCAGUCGAAUCUAAGUUUUCUCAGGCAUGUGGUGAUGGGGACAAGGAGACUGAAUCACGACCCAAAGUCGCAGAGUGGCGAUAUGGUCCAGCCCAGCUCUGGUACGACAUGCUAGGUGUACCUGAGGAUGGAAGCAACUUCAACUAUGGUUUCAAACUAAAAGAAGAGCUGUCUCCUGAGCCUCAGAAGCAAGAAGUGCUGAAAGAAACAUCAGAGACUCCAUCAGAGAGUGGAGAUGAUGAUAAUUUCAAUAUGGAGAGAACUGCACUUGAGAAUGAGGUCUUCCUAAUGGUGACUCAGCUGCAGUGGGAGGAUGACAUUAUUUGGAAUGGAGAGGAUGUGAAACACAAGGGCACGAAAACUCAGCGAGCGAGUCUUGCAGGAUGGUUACCCUCCAGCAUGACCCGUAAUGCCAAUGCUUACAAUGCGCAACAGGGUCUGACAAGAAGCAACUCCCAGUUGAUGCCACCUACACCUCCACCUAUCCCCAAAUUGAUUACAGUUCCUGGUUCCAAGCGGGAAAAAAAUAUUCAUGAUUUUCAAGCCUCUUUGGAAGAAGAUGCUCCCUGGUUCUCCAUUUUCCCCAUUGACAACGAGGAACUAGUAUAUGGUCGCUGGGAAGACAACAUUAUCUGGGAUGAUCAGGAAAUGAAUAUUAUGCUCUCCCCACCUGUACUUACUCUGGAUCCAAAUGAUGAAAAUAUAAUUCUAGAAAUUCCAGAUGAGAAGGAGGAGGCGAUGACACACUCUCCAUCUAAAGAGAAUAAGAAGGAAACAGCCAUCAAAAAGAGUCGUAUCUUGCUGGGGAAAACUGGGGUGAUAAAAGAUGAGCCACAGCAGCUUUGUUUUCUGUUGUCUCAGAACAUGUCUCAGCCUGAGGUGAAAGAUCCCUGGAACCUCUCCAAUGAUGAGUUCUACUAUCCCAAACAGCAGGGCCUGAGGGGGACUUUCGGUGGAAACAUUAUUCAGCAUUCCAUCCCAGCACUGGAGUUAAGGCAGCCCUUCUUCCCCACUCACAUGGGUCCCAUGAAGCUGCGACAGUUCCACAGACCCACUUUAAAGAAGUAUUCAUUUGGUGCAUUGGCUCAGCCGGGUCCUCAUCCUGUCCAGCCACUGCUCAAGUACAUUAAGAAAAAAGCUAAGAUGCGAGAACAGGAGCGUCAGGCAUCAGGUGGAGGAGACAUGUUCUUUAUGCGAACACCACAGGACUUGACAGGCAAAGAUGGAGAUCUGAUCCUGGCAGAGUACAGUGAAGAAUACCCUCCUCUUAUCAUGCAAGUUGGCAUGGCCACUAAGAUCAAAAACUACUACAAAAGGAAACCUGGAAAGGAUCCUGGAGCACCUGACUGCAAAUACGGAGAGACUGUGUACUGCCACACAUCCCCUUUCCUGGGAUCUUUGCAUCCGGGACAGCUGCUGCAGGCAUUUGAGAACAACCUUUUCCGUGCCCCAAUCUACCUACACAAGAUGCCAGAGACAGAUUUCUUGGUUCUACGAACACGACAUGGCUAUUACAUCAGAGAGCUUGUGGACAUUAUAGUGGUUGGUCAGGAGUGUCCCUUGUUUGAAGUUCCAGGGCCAAACUCAAAAAGAGCCAAUACACACAUUAGAGAUUUCCUUCAGGUAUUUAUUUAUCGCCUGUUCUGGAAGAGCAAGGAUCGGCCAAGAAGAAUCAGAAUGGAGGAUAUCAAGAAAGCUUUUCCCUCACACUCAGAGAGCAGUAUUAGGAAACGUCUAAAACUCUGUGCUGACUUCAAACGUACAGGGAUGGACUCUAAUUGGUGGGUGCUGAAGCCUGACUUCAGAUUACCCACUGAAGAGGAGAUCAGAGCCAUGGUGUCUCCAGAACAGUGCUGUGCUUAUUAUAGCAUGCUGGUGGCAGAGCAGAGACUCAAGGAUGCUGGUUAUGGUGAGAAAUCCUUCUUUGCUCCAGAGGAGGAAAAUGAAGAGGACUUUCAAAUGAAAAUAGAUGAUGAGGUCCGGACAGCUCCUUGGAACACCACAAGAGCCUUUAUUUCUGCCAUGAAGGGGAAAUGUCUGUUAGAGGUUACAGGUGUGGCUGACCCAACAGGCUGUGGAGAGGGUUUCUCCUAUGUCAAAGUGCCCAAUAAGCCCACUCAACAGAAGGAUGACAAAGAGCCACAGCCUGUGAAGAAGACUGUGACAGGUACGGAUGCUGACCUGAGGAGACUCUCAUUGAAGAACGCCAAGCAGCUGCUGCGCAAGUUUGGUGUCCCAGAAGAAGAAAUCAAGAAGUUGUCUCGCUGGGAGGUGAUUGAUGUGGUGAGAACCAUGUCCACAGAGCAGGCACGUUCAGGUGAAGGACCAAUGAGCAAGUUUGCCAGAGGCUCCCGUUUCUCUGUGGCUGAACAUCAGGAGCGUUACAAAGAAGAGUGCCAAAGGAUCUUUGAUUUGCAGAACAAGGUGUUGGAGUCAACAGAAGUGCUGUCCACAGACACAGACAGUAGCUCAGCAGAAGAUAGUGACUUUGAGGAGAUGGGAAAGAAUAUUGAGAACAUGCUCCAGAACAAGAAGACCAGCUCACAGCUUUCCCACGAGAGAGAGGAGCAGGAGCGGCAGGAGCUGCGAAGAAUGAUAUUGGGUGAUGAAAGUGACCGGGAUGCCAAAGGACGAAAAGAGCGACGCAAAGGCUUAUCAAGUGCUUUGUCCACGGGCUCCCACAAGGAUGACGACACAUCAUCUGUUACCAGCCUAAACUCAGCGGCCACAGGCCGGCGACUCAAAAUUUACCGUACGUUCAGAGAUGAAGAUGGAAAAGAGUAUGUCCGCUGUGAGACAGUACGGAAAGCUGCAGUUAUUGAUGCCUACACCAGGAUCAGAAGCACCAAGGACGAUGACUUCAUACGAAAGUUUGCCCUCUUUGAUGAGCAGCAUAGAGAGGAAAUGAGGAAGGAGCGGCGGCGUAUUCAGGAGCAGCUGAGGAGACUGAAGCGAAAUCAGGAAAAGGACAAGAUCAAGGGGCCCCCAGAGAAGAAAGCCAAGAAGGCCAAAGAGAGGCCAGACCUCAAGGUAAAACUGAAGUGUGGCGCAUGUGGUGAAAUUGGCCACAUGAGGACCAACAAGUUCUGCCCACUGUACUAUCAGACCAACGCCCCUCCUUCUAACCCAGUCGCUAUGACAGAGGAACAAGAGGAGGAGCUGGAGAAGACCGUCAUCCACAACGACAAUGAGGAGCUCAUCAAAGUGGAGGGCAUCAAGAUUGUGUUGGGCAAGCAGCUUAUUGAAAGUGCUGAUGAAGUGCGCAGAAAAUCUUUAGUGCUUAAGUUCCCCAAACAGCAGCUACCACCAAAGAAGAAAAGACGUGUAGGCAGUGCUGUGCACUGUGACUACCUUAAUAAGCCACACAAGUCCAUCCACCGCAGACGGACUGACCCCAUGGUGACCUUGUCUUCUGUCCUGGAGAGCAUUAUUAAUGAUAUGCGGGAUCAUCCAAAUACAUACCCAUUCCACACGCCAGUCAAUGCCAAGGUUGUGAAAGACUACUACAAGAUCAUCACUCGUCCCAUGGACCUGCAGACGCUGAGAGAGAAUGUACGGAAGCGUAUGUACCCAUCAAGGGAGGAGUUCCGUGAAGCAGUGGAGCUUAUUGUCAAAAACAGCGCUACCUACAACGGAGCAAAGCAUCCAAUAACACAGGUUGCACAGUCGAUGCUGGAUUUAUGCGAUGCAAAACUGAAAGAGAAGGAGGACAGAUUGGUCAGGCUGGAGAAAGCCAUCAACCCCUUGCUGGAUGAUGAUGAUCAGGUGGCCUUCUCCUUCAUCCUAGACAACAUUGUCACUCAGAAAAUGAUGGUGGUUCCUGAUUCCUGGCCAUUCCAUCACCCUGUCAACAAAAAGUUUGUGCCAGAUUAUUAUAAAGUGAUUUUCAAUCCCAUGGAUCUGGAGACCAUUCGCAAGAACAUCUCCAAACAUAAAUACCAGAAUCGUGACGUGUUCCUCUCAGAUGUCAGUUUAAUCCACACCAACAGUAUCAAGUACAACGGUCCAGACAGUCCAUACACUAAAACCGCCCUGGAGAUUGUCAAUGUGUGCAAGCAGACCCUGGCAGAGUAUGAUGAGCACUUGACCCAAUUGGAGAAGGACAUCAUGACCGCUAAAGAAGCCGCUCUGGAUGCAGCAGAUUUGGAAAGCCUUGACCCAAUGACCCCUGGGCCGUACACACCUCAGCCUGCUGAUCUGUUUGACAGCGGGGCUUCAACGACUCUGCCCAGAGACACCAUCAGCCUUUUCUCUGAGGGGCCUCUAGUGGUUGCUCCAGAGAAGAGAGGGGGGCAGGGUCGCCACAUGAGAAGACCAGGUGAAGAGGAGUCAGACGUGGACAUUGAAGGCUUUGAAGAGGAAGACGACGGCAAACCCAAAACUCCUGCUCCUGCAGAAGAUGCAGAAGGUGAUCUGGAGGACGACGACGAUGAAGAUGAGAUGUUGCUGCCACCCCGUAGGCGUGUGCGCAGCCAUGAGGAAGAUGAGGAGGAAGAGGACGACGACGAAAGGUCGAGCCGGCAAGCUCAAGCCAGUGUGCUUUACCAAGACUUGCUCAUGUCUGAUGGCGAGGACGAUGCCAGUGAAGAGGAGGGCGACAAUCCGUUCUCAUCCAUUCAGCUGUCAGAGAGCGGCAGCGACUCUGACAGAGAGGUCACUUUGCGACCUCCUCCGCCACGGCGAACUCAAGAAACGGCUCGUAUGGGUAUGGAGCAGGAGGAGAGCAUGAUGUCAUACGAAGGAGACAUGCCCGACGAGCCUCACAUGGAAGACAGUAACGUCAGGUACAACAGCUUCAGCACACAUUACGGCAGCUUUGAGGAGACGGAGAGCCGCAGUCACCUGCAGCCGAUGGGACAGGGAAUUCGACAAGACUACAGGAUCAGUGAGGAGGAGGAGGAGGAGGAUGAAGAGGAGAGGAGGAGAGGUCCAGCUGUGUUGUCCCAGGUUCAGCUCAGUGAAGACGAAGAGAGCGAAGAGUUUGGAUCAAUGGGGGGCGACAGUGACAUGGAUUCAGACAACUAGUGAUGAUU